CUACCACUUCAGGUUUGGAACUUCUUCCUCUUAUCUUGGGUUUAGUCGUAAUGGCUAUUCUUUCGGGUCAACUAGUUUCAAGAACUGUCUUUUUUACUUAUGGCUCAAUUUGCAUUCUUGGAAGUAUUUUAAUGGCUGUAGGAGCUGGAUUGAUUAGCACAUUUACAGAAGAUACAAGUAGAAGUCAAAUAAUUGGUUACUCGUUAAUUGCCGGCUUUGGUAUUGGUUUAAUCAUACAAAUCACUGUUUUAGCUGGACAAGGGAUUGUGGAACCUAAGGAUAUUGCUACAGUUACUUCAUUGUUAACAUUUUUCAGAACUAUGGGUGCAGUUUUUGGUGUAGCUAUCCUAGGCACAGUAUUUAACAAUGAAUUUAAUUCAAAUUUACCAUCACAAUUUCAAGGGUCUAAAUCAGGCUUUAGUCAAGUUACAUCAGGCGCACAAGUACCUCAAUUUAUAAUAGAUGACUUUGUAACAUCUUUAGAUGUAGCAUUUAAAGUUACGAUUAUUUUUGCAGGAUUAACUUUUAUUUCAUCAUUGCCUUUGAUAACUACUAGACCACAUAGAGAUUUUAAAACAGAUGAUCAUAUUUCAGCUUUAGCAUAA